ACACACGCUCUCACACACACACACGCUCUCUCACACACACACGCUCUCUCACACACACACACGCUCUCUCACACACACACACACGCUCUCUCACACACACACACACGCUCUCUCACACACACACACGCUCUCACACACGCUCUCACACACACACACACAGCUGCUGAGUGAGAGCUGCUGUCCUUUCCUCAGACGGCCACAGUACUCCUAGUACCUGCCGCCCACCAGCCGCGUCAAGGACACCGAGGAGAACCAGGCAGAGGGUCCUACACACACUUUCCUCCCAAGGACUCGGCACUCCUUCCAGGGGACAGCCAGCGGGGACCCUCCCUUACACCUCCAGACAGACUUACAACCAGACUUCAGACCUCUCCUUGACUAAACUGACAGCAGAGGAAGGUGUCACUACUGCACCCCUCGAACCCUCAGCACCCCCCCCCCCCUCACCGUGCCGGACCCCCCUAGGGUGAGGUAGUGACAUGGAGCUGCCCUGCCUGCCCCCCGAAACCCCCACCACAGCCAGCUCCUGCUCCACCGACCCCCUGUACGACAACUGUCUACCCCAUGCCGGGAGAGGGAGGGAUAGAGGGUUUAGGGAGAGGGAGAAGGAGAGAAAAAGGGAAAGUGGGGGACUUUGCAGCCCUGCUGUAACUGGAAUCCUUCACCCCUCCUCCCCCCCUGGCCUGGCCCCAGCUGCAGCUGUGGUUCCCACACUGGGAAGGGGGAGAGAUGGAAGAGGAGGGGAGAGAGGGGCUGGCGUGCAGCCAGCUCACAGUCACUGCAGCUGGGGAGGCCUGGGAAGGCAGGGCUGGGACAUGGGGACAAACAGAGGAGAGAGAGGACGAGAGAGAGGAGGAGGGAAUACGGGAGUGCAGGAGGUGGAGAGCGUUCGGCAUCAGCAGAGCCCCAGCCCGAGCCACAGCGACGGAGACACACACGAGAGCGCUCUUUCCGUCUACGACAACCUCCACGCCGUGACCCCCACCGAGGACGCUACCAUGGAAACCAAUGUGACCUUCCCCACGCCCCAGCGUUUCCUGAGGAUCCCAGUGCCGGUCUCGGUGUUGAUGGAGGAUGGAGGGGUCAGCGGGGAGAGUAGCUCCUGGUCUUCCUGUGAAAUCCUCCUUGCAGGGAGCAGCGCCAGCAAUGGACCAGACCAGUACCAAGACCUGGACCCAGAACCAGAACUGGACUUUAACCAGGACGAGCCCAUGUUCCAACUCCAGCCAUUGAUCCAACCACAACCCCAUCGACCAGAUAACUUCUCCCAUCUCCAGCCCCUUGUCCCACCUCUACAGGCUUCUGCCACCCAUCCAGUAGAGCCUCUCCAGCCUUCUGGUCCGAUCCCUGUACCUGUCCCUGGGGCCCGGGUUCCCCCUCCCCUGCCCUUGGCAGACCCCUCAGCCAGCGCCCUCCGCAGCCUCCUCACCAGCCUCCAGCAGCAGAUAGCCAGGCAGAGAGAGGAGUAUGAGGAACGCAUACACAGUCUGGAAGAGAGGAACGAGGCUCUCCAGGUAGAGGUGUUUGACCUCAGGGCCAACCUGGCUCAGCAGAGACGGUGGUACUCUGUGGUCCAGGCUAAGAUCUUAGAGUCAGAGAGGGGCCGGGCUGCAGCAGACCUCCGAAACACAGCCCUGCAGAGGGAGAUGGAACAGUUCUUUGACACCUUCGGAGAGCUCAACAACGAGGCCAAGAAGACAGAGAAAAUUGUCAGGAGUUUCUGAGACUGACCUUUGGCUGAGGGGUGUGUACUGUAUGUGCUGCGGAAGUGAAGUAUGUAUGAUGAGAUUGGAAGUGAUAAGACAACUGUCUUUAAACUAAGACUAUUUACACAAUCUUUAAGGCCAGCUGGAGAGGAAACAUUUGAGUAUGAAUCACUGCCUUCAGGAAUUCUAAUGGAUUAUGGAAUGGUUAAUUAUCAGAAAUGUGCAUAUUCAUAAGCUACAGUAUAUUGUCCAUGGAUUCAGACCACAGGCUCAUACACCUUUAUCUUGCGUCAUGUUUGGCUCAUCUUUGAUGAUUAUAUCACACCUCUCUAUUAGCACUUUCUAGUGCUGGGUCGGGAUCUGGAACAGCUGAUGCCAGUUCGGUGGGGGAAGCGCAAGAGGCGCUCACACACAUCUAGAAGGUUCUGAACUGGUAUCGAUGUACAGUACCUCUGCAUUUACAGCAAUUAACAGCACAUUCUUUGAGUUGUCCACUUUUAAUUGAUGGGGCAGGACAACAUGAAGGCAAAGUGGUAUUGUGAAACCGCAUGUCAUUGCAGACAGUACAUUAUGAACAAAAUAAAAUGAACAAGAUAAAACAUGAGAUGUACAGUUUGUACACAGUGAAUAUUUUAAACAAGGUACACACACCUCAGUCCUUAACAAAUAGGAUGUAAAGAGUGAGCCGGACACUCCUCUGGUCAUUUAAGGCAUGAUGAAUGAAUAAGGCUGUCAUGGUUUGAAAGGAAAACAAAUAUGGGGCACAGUCCUCAUCUGACUACAUUAUGUCUGUUUGUGCAUAUCCAUCAUCCAACAGAGUUACUUUUCGCCAAAAUCUGUUUAGUUCUAUCUAUGCCGAGUUCUGCUCCAGAGCUUCAAGGUUCAGAAUCACAACUAGGUAUUGUACAGUUAUGUGACAUGUCCACAUUCCAAACCAACAGCUGUGCUCCACCACUGUGUGACUGUCCUUCCGUCCUUAGGCAUUAAUCUACUGAUGGUGGUUGUCCUUGUCUUGAAGAAGCAAAAUCCAUUUGAGGAACGAUGAGGGGACAGCAUGGUACCGAUAUAGCAUACACACAAGAAAAGUACAGUGAAUGUGACACCAUGCAAGUUGAACAACAAUUGUUAAGUUGCUACAUCUCUAGAUACUGAAUUUCAAUAUAAUGUUUUAUGUCAUGAUUUCUCCCAAAGGAUUUCCAGUACUGAUGGAAUGGUUUAGAAUAAGAGGCCCCGUGCAUUUGACCCCAUGCAUUUGAUCAUCAAUAAAACGUUUCACAAGGGUCUUGUUGUGUAUGGGUCAAACAUCAUCAGUGGUGUGCAACAUUUAGCAAAGAACUCAAACUAAAUACAAAACACAUGGACCUUUUUUUGUUCAAUGUACAGGAUAAUGAUAUUUCAACAUACACAUUGUACCUUACGGCAUAUGGGUUGAUUGUACUAUAUGAAGACGUUUCUAUGGGUACAUUGAAUGUCUAACAAACAAAUAUGCCUAACUAUAUAUCUACGUGCAUUAUCAGAGCUUUAGCUGGAUACUAUGACAUACAUUACAUUUAUAAGGAAAUAAAACCUUAACAUUGCAACCACAGCCACCCCUGGAGGUCAGGAGGAGUAACAGCUCCAAACCACAUCACUCACGACAAUUAAAACACUAUACUUAACGCCGGCACCACUCUCACUUGUUCUCAACACUGCUACCUAACUAAAAAAAAAAA